GGUGUCCCCAGCCCCGGUGCUCCACUCGCGUCCCGGGAGGUGACCGGGGGUGACCGGGGGUGACCGGGGGUGACACCGGCCUGUCCCCCAGCUGCGGGAUCCGGCCCCAUGAGCCGCCCUGGGCUCCUCCUGCUCCUGCUGGGGCUGCUGGGGCCGCCGGCUCCGGGGGCCGGGGAUGCCCCGGGGCCGCUCCCGGAGGACGCGGAGCAGGAGCACGGUUAUUACCUGCGGCAGCUCUUCGGGCAGUACGGGGAGAACGGGACGCUGCCCUUCGAGGGGCUGGCGCGGCUGCUGGGCAGCCUCGGCCUGGGCAGGGUCCAGGUGGUCCAGAUCCAGCACGAGGAGCUGGGCCACGGCCACGUCAGCCACCUGGACCUGCUGGAGGUCCAGGAGGACAAGCACCGGCACCGGCACCCGCUGCGGGAGCACGGCGGGGACGCCGGAGCUCCGAGCGCUGCCGGACCCCGCAGCCCCCCGCCCUCCGAGCCGCCGAGCUGGCCCGAGCCGGUGCCCGCCGAGCCCGCCGGGGCUGGGGGCGUCCCCCGGCAGUACCAGCCCACCCUCAGCCUGCUGGGGAGGGUCCUGGGCCUGGAGCACUCCGGCGCCGAGCACCCGCACGACGAUUGCCUGAACGUGACCCAGCUGCUGGUGAAUUUUGGGCUGGACUCGGUGCCGCAGCUGACGCCGGAGCAGUUCACGCUCCUGUGCCCGGCGCUGCUCUACCAGAUCGACAGCCGCGUCUGCAUCCAGCACAGCGAUGAGGUGACGCUGCCUCCCCCGGGGGGGGCCCUGUGGCCAGGUAACCCCAACCGGGGCACCCCGCUGGCCCCCGGCCCCACCUCCCUGCGGUCCCCAGGCUGGUCCCCAGGUCCCGCAUCCCCAGGGAUCCCCGUGUCUCAUCCCUGUGUCCCCAUUGUGGUGUGGGGGAUCCCAUCCCUGCACCCCAAAGGCGCCCCCAUUCCCCACCCCCAUCCCUGUGCCCUCCUACUUGAGCCGCGUUCUCCAACCCCUCCAUUCCUGAUCCUGGGGUCUCCAUCCCUGGGGUCUCCAUCCCUGGGUCCCCAUUCCCACAUCCCUGGGGUUCCCAUCCCUGGGGUCUCCAUCCCUGGGGUCCCCCAUUCCCACAUCCCCUCCGGGACGAGCGAUCCUCUCCCCGCAGGAGCCGCCUUCUCUCACAGCCUCUCCAGCGGGCUCAGCACGGCUCUGGCCGUGCUCUGCCACGAGCUGCCCCACGAGCUGGGUGACCUGGCGGUGCUGCUGCGGGCGGGCACGGCCCCGCGCUCCGUCCUGCUCCUCAACCUGCUCUCGGCCCUGCUCUCCUGCCUGGGGGUGCUGGCGGGGGUCGCCCUGGGCCGCAGCGGGACCCCCCUCGCCCCCUGGCUCCUCACCGCCACCGCCGGCAUCUUCCUCUACGUGGCUCUGGCCGACAUGCUCCCCGAGGCGCUGCGAGGCUCCGGCGAGGGCGGCUGGAGCCGCUUGGUGCUGCAGAACGCGGGGUUCCUGCUGGGCGCGGGCAUCAUGCUGGGCAUCGCCCUGGCCGAGGGUCACCUCCGCUCCUGGCUGCAGCCCUGACCCCCGGCCCAGCCCGGGAUUGCAUUUUCCUCCUCCUCCAGACCCCCGAGGGAGGGGUCGCGGGGCUCCCCUCGCUGCCCCGGGCUGGACACGCGGCUCCGAACCCCGGCGGGUUCCCCCCGGCUGAGCCUCCGGAGGAGCUGAGGAAGGACAGCAGCCCCCGGAGCAAGAGCGGUUUAAUGAAGAGAAUUGAUCCACAACCGCAAUAAAAAAAACAACAAAAAAAAUCCACGAUUUGGUCACAGCUUAUAGGGUAUAAAAUAGAUCGAGUCUGAA